GCUGAUCGAAGUUGCAACAGGUAUCCAGAGGACAUUUGUUUCUUUUCUUCGUGUACACACGGAAUGCUUUCCCUCGACAGUCAAGCAGCUUUGCAUGACUUUGUGUUCGAUCUUUACGCAUCUGGUCCCUGGUUUCACAACUGAGGAGAGAAGAGGAGAUCGAGCUGUUUAAGGAUUCUAUUUCUGAAGUAAAUAAACACAGUCGAGACUUUCACAGCUGAAGGACUAUACGGAGACUUAAACUUCCACCUGGGGGUAAACAAAGCCUAAAAGUAGCCUCGCAGACACAGAGACGUCUUCAGAGAAGAGGAGCUCAGACAUGGAGGUCGCAGCGGCCGAUCAGUCUCGGUGGAUGGCGCACCAUCACGCAGUGCUGAACGGCCAGCACCCGGACUCUCACCAUCACAGUCUGAGCCACAACUACAUGGAGCCCAUGGCGCCUUUACUGCCCCAGGACGAGGUUGACAUGUUUCUGAACCACUUGGACUCUCAAGGGAACCCUUACUACACCAACUCCCGGGCCAGGGUCACAUACAGCCAGGCACACGCUCGCCUCACUGGGAACCAGGUCUGCCGCCCACACCUCAUCCACAGCCCCGGUAUUUCCUGGCUGGACCCCGGGAAAGCAGCCCUGUCCGCAGCCCACCACCAUAACGCAUGGGCGGUCAGCCACUUCAGCAAACCCGGCCUGCACACCACCGGCUCCGGCUACCCCUGCAGCAGCAGCACCGGUACGGCUCCGGUGGCCUCGCUCACGCCUGCGUCUCACUCCAGUCCGCACCUCUACAGUUUCCCCCCGACCCCUCCGAAGGACGUGUCCCCGGACCCGGGCCCUACCUCCCCGACCUCCACCUCCACCAGGAUGGACGAGAAGGAGUCGAUCAAGUACCAGGUCCCGCUAACGGACGGCAUGAAAAUGGAGAGCUGUAGUCCGCUCCGCAGCGGCCUGGCCUCGAUGAACAGCCAGGCCACGCAUCACCCCAUCCCGACGUACCCGGCCUACCCGCUGCCUCCACACGAGUACAGCGGCAGCCUCUUCCACCCCGGCAGCCUGCUCGGAGGGUCCUCCUCCAGCUUCACGCCAAAGUGUAAAAGCAAAGCCCGGUCGAGCUCAGAACUCUACGCAGAGGGCCGUGAAUGUGUAAACUGCGGUGCCACCUCCACCCCUCUGUGGCGACGGGAUGGUACCGGCCACUACUUGUGCAACGCCUGCGGACUGUACCACAAGAUGAACGGCCAGAACCGACCACUCAUCAAGCCCAAACGCAGACUGUCUGCUGCUAGACGUGCAGGCACCUGCUGUGCAAACUGCCAGACCACCACCACCACCCUGUGGAGGCGCAACGGGAACGGAGACCCGGUGUGUAACGCCUGCGGCCUUUACUUUAAACUUCACAAUGUCAACAGACCCCUGACCAUGAAGAAAGAAGGCAUCCAGACACGCAACCGCAAGAUGUCAAGCAAGUCCAAGAGGAACAAACGAGCAGGGGAUGGCUUCGACGAGCUAUCCAAGUGCAUGCAGGACAAGGCCUCACCCUUCAGCAGUGCACCCGGCCUCACCAGUCACAUGGCCCACAUGGGUCAUCUGCCCCCCUUUAGCCACUCGGGACACAUGCUGCCUACUCCCACGCCCAUUCACCCUUCAUUCGGCCACCCCCACCACUCCAAUCGCUCGCCGGUCUGGGCUGAGCCUCACUGAGGUCCUUUUAGACCCAAGACUCCUUAGCCUGAAGGAGCCUAAACAUCAUCAUGAACACUAAACGGCCUCUGCAUCCCGUUGGGAGCUCAGCAGACUUGUUGCGUCAUGUACAGUGGUUGGAGGGGAGUGACCUUCAGUUGGCGUAAUGACUAGAGGUCCCGUCAUGCCUGACCUCACUGAUGGGACGCUGCAGAGCAGGACUUAAGCAGACUCUGUGAAGAGCUAAUGUGAUGAGGGGUUUGUUAGUCCCUGUGUGACUGAAGCAUGCAGGAAUGGAGUGAAUGGAGACGCUUGUCAUUCUUUUUGCUUAUUUUUACUAAGUCACUUUGGUACCCACCUCUCCUUGACCCUGUAACAGGAGACUCAAGAGAGGUCUUAAAAAGAACCGCUGUUUUCACCUCACGACCAUCUCACUAUACUGAGAAAACGCACCCUGUCCAUCUCCUGUCUAUCUGCAGAUGAGCUAACUCUUCAGUGCUGGAAGUCUCAAGACUGGCUCUCAGCUUCAGCCCUACACCGCUGUUAUGAACCAGUCAUACACAGUACCCACAAACCAGUGCUCUCCAAACAUGCUGGAUUGUACGCCAACACAAUGCUCACCUGUUUUUAAUAAUGGACUUUUAUGGAAAAAAGACACAGUGAAUAGAGUGUUUAUAAAUGCUUAAUUGCUAUUAUUAUUGUUAUAUUUGAUGUUAUAAUUAUUGCUAUGAUAAUUUAUUUUCACUCUUUAAGCUUUUGUCAAAGACACAUGGAAACUGUUAUGAUUUGAAUUUCAUGGUUAUUACGUAAAGAAAAACACUGACCUAUCUUAGAGGAAAAGUCCCUGAGCUGUACGUUUUUAUCAUUUUUCCAUCUCACAAAAGUAAAGGAAAUAAAGUUUAAUA